ACAAACUCUUGAGGCGAAUUACAGUAAAAAAGUGAACCCAUAUCUCUUCCUGAAAACCCCACAAGGACCCAUGAAGGUCUCCGAGAUCCCAGUGCGGGACCUGGUGUCCCAUAUUUCUGUCUUUGAUACGAUUUAUCACCACAGGCUGUGAAACUCCACCGUGUUACGUAGAGUCCUUAAAAUCCAAUACAUACGGUACACAUAGAAACUGUAAUUAUAGCUAUAUUAACAUCAAUACAAUGAUACAGUGAAUGUGUACCACACAUGCUAUCCAUUAUAGCCACCCUGCUACCAUCGAACCGGUCGUGUGACGUCGUUAUCGCAGCUGAACCAAUGAAAUUACUUCUAGCAAUUUUACCGCGAGGAAGCAAAAUAUGGGCGUGUCCAUGUUCGUCCUUCCAAAGAAAAUGUAAAGAAGCUGCUAAAUACACACGCGAACCAAAACGUAAUGGCCUUGCUGGCUCACAGGUAAAUGUACCCUGUGUCACUGGGGGCAUGGUUAAGGUCCUCUCGGGCAGACUUGCUGUUGCCGUGGAAGCGGCACCUUUUUGUUUUUGGGCGGAGCGUUAGCUGCUAGCCUUUUAUUUAGCUAGCAGCGACUACCUCAGAUAGCCGGUUGUAGGGACUCACAUGGCGACACCUCUGUUGUUUCACAACGGCUCGGCUAGCUAACAGCAGCCCGUCUCCUGCCCUCGGCCUGACCCCAUGGAUCCCGGUGGAAGUGAACUGGACUCCAGCCUGCCUCAGCCAGACAACCCGUGUUUGAUAGUGGAGGACUCCCAGCCGGACAGUGUCGCUUUAGAAGACGACCCCGAGAGCAGCUACCGAGCUCUGCUGGCCCGUCGCCUGUCCAGUCUACAGCCCACCGCUCGCAGCCCGGUACUGGAAUUAAUAUCUUCACCAAUAGGAAGCAGGUGCUCUCAGACCGGCAGCCAAUCAGAGAGCAACAGCCAGGCUGAGCCUGACGGUCUUGCUGCAGCCAACCCCAGUUCGGUGUUCCAGGAGGACAGUCAAGUUUUAAACAUCUGCGCUCCUCCAAACAACAAAAAGUGUGUACCAGAGGACGCUGACAUGGAUUCUGGUGCUGAUUCUACUACACACUGUAUUCAGUCUGAAGGGGAAGCUUCUCAGUUUGGUUUUCUUGAGCUUUCUCAGACUCAGGAUCUGUGUGGUGAAGCCGUGAACAGUCAGGAGGAAGACGGAGACAAAUGCAACAAAUUGGCAGAGCAACACAUCAGUUCCAGGACUUCAGAAAGUCAGGACAGCAAAGCGUUGAGGUCUGAGGUGAGCUCCAGCAGCUCAUCAGAGUCGUUGGGUCAGUCAGGCAGGCAGCUGAGUGUCCAGGUUCUGCUGCACUCGCAGAACCUGCAGGACUCUGCUGAGCAGGACCAGCAGGACUGUGAGAUCCUGUCCUCACAGGACGAUCUGUUCGAUGCUGACAAGACAGGUGCUGCAGUGGACAGUACAGUGUCUGAGCCGGAGCAGCAGGGUCACCCCACCUCCACACCCGCCCACACCCUACAGCUGCUGCAUCUAUCGGGACAGGGAACACUGGUGCAGGAGAGUCUGUCCCAGAGCUCUGUUGAUUAUGUCGCCCCCACCCCAGACAACUUUAGCCAUACCCCUUUAAUAGUUCCCAGCUCACCAACCGAACUAGAGGAUGAAAAUGGUGCUGAUUCACAAAUGGAUACGUCACUGCCUCCGGAUGACAGGGGAGCAGGAGAAAAGGAUGAGCCAAUGGAAACCGAGGCCGCCCCCAAGCCACAACCAUCUGCAUCUACUCCCAUAUCCCAAAGUUCCCCUGGUUUUGCUUUAGAGCGAACUCUCUCUGUACCGUCCCAGCCCGAGUUCUCUCAUGACGUAUUUGUUCCGACGCAGAGCCAGGAUGCACAGACGCAUGAAAAGUCAGCGUCGUUGCCUUGUGAGACGGAGUCUCAGCAUCUUGAGUCGGCUCCCUUCACCUUGCCUUUGCAGCUCUCUGUGAACACAGAGAACAGCAGCUGUCAUCAGCUCACCUCUGAGGACAGCCAAGCCACUCAGAUAGAGGAACUGGAGGAGCCGCUUGCCGUCGACACCAGCGACUCUGUGAUUUCGCGUCACGAUCAGAGAAAGGAGAGUAAAGCCGUCCCGUCGGAGUCACAAGACGUCGCCGGCUCCAAAGUGUUGUCCUCUGCUGAAUCACCGAAGCGCCACGUUGAAUGUGCUGAGACUGAAGCGACCGAUCUGGCCCAGAAAUCAGCAGUUUCUCUGAAUGUACAAAAUGUGAAUGUAAACGAUGUGAAGGCUGACAGCAAAGAUGCUGGCUGUGCUGACAUGGUGUCUUGCUCGCAGCCAAAGUUUGAUUCUGCUGAUCUGACAGGUAAAAGCUGUGUGCAGGAGACUCCCUCAGACGCUACGCCCUGCAGCCUGCCUUCACAGUCUAUGAUUUCUCAAACAUCUGCUGUGGAUGCAGAUGUGUCAGGAGGAACUGUAAAAAGUCCCUUUGUGGAAUCGUCGACGCCGCAGCCUGAGGUGGGGUGCAACAGCCAGGCAGACAAAAACACAAUGCACGAACGAGGUGAAGAGGGGGAUCAGGAGGUGGCAAUGGAGGUGGAGAACGCCGAGGGUACCUCGGGAAUGGGUCUGGUUCUCUCUGAGAGCCAGCUGUUGUCUCCUGAACCCAUGGACGAGGAGAGUGAGGACAAGGCAGAGGACAGCAUCCUCUGUGUAACAGACAGUGAGAAAGAGGUGGCGUCACAAUCAAAGACUCACAGUUCUCAACCAAUCACAGGCCAAGUGUCAGUCUCUACCAAUGGCCAUGAAUCCCAGACUCAGGAGAAAGAGGCGCACUCGGCUCCCGAUAGGCUGUCCCAGACGGAGAGGGCGGGCUGUGAACCAGAGGCCCUCAAAGAAAAGAGCUUGAGCGACAGCUCGGGAGACAUUUCAUUCCACUUCACCCUUCCUAAAGAAGGAGACUUGAUUGGACCUGUUGUCGGCGCCACGCCACCGCUGAUCAACCAGCUGAAGCAGACGCUGAGACACAGCACUCCCAUCGAGAUCAGCUCUUUUUCUGAAAAGUCGGAUGCAGUGGGUGACGUCUCUGCAGACGUGGUGAUGGCCAGCAGCGAUAUCGUUUUGGGUGGAAGUGGCGGUGACGCAGCUGACAAAGGUGACGGGAAGCUGAGCUUGAGGAUGAAGCUGGUGACGCCCGUUGAGGAGGGCAGCUCGGAGCGUUUCAGCCUGCAGAAGCCGACGCCACCAGAAGAGGAUGGAUCUGUCACCAAGGUUACGACCGUUUCCCAGGCUGUAACCAGCAGCCCGUCGGUGUUCACUCGGGUCAGGCAGGUGCACCGACAGCAGGAGGUGGAGGAGGACAGCCAGCCUGGAGGAAACACUACACUGGUCAGGGGGGAACUGUUCGCCUCACCACAGAGGAGCUCUCAGGCGUCCGUAUCGAAAUGCAACAGUCUACCGAACAGCCAGGAUGUAUCGACCGCGCCGCAGCAGGACCUGCGGGAUGCGCUCGCCCCCGCUGAGCCGCCUGAGGACAGCAGAGGACUGCCUGAUGCUCAAGAGCCGACCUCCCCGAGCAGCACAACAGUCAGGCAGAAGGUGGUUUCCCAGCAGGCCUCUGAGAACACCAUCACCUCCACACCGCCCAGCAAGACAUGCCAGCGGACAGUCUCCCAGCAGACCGGCUUCGAUGCAGCCGGGUUUCGCUCCCCAGCUGGCCGGGGUGAACCCGAGUCCCCGUCCUUUAGAAGAGCCGCCGUCCCCUCUCACCGCAGACACGUGCGCACCAUCCAGGAAGUGCGGACCACCGUCACUCGGAUCAUUACCGACGUGUAUUAUGAGGACGGCAAAGAGGUGGAUCGUAAAGUCACCGAGGAGAGCGAGGAGCCCGUGGUGGACUGUCAGGUCUUGGACAGCGACAUCUCUCCGUGCCGCACAGGCAGCAGUUCUGUGACCUCUGGUGAUCUGGGGGACAUCAGCUCGCUUUCGUCCAAAGCGUCCAGCCUGCAGCACAGCUCCGGGGGAACCAGCAGCAGUACGGGCCUCACCAGACCAGACUUCAUCAUUCCAGCGAGCAGAGGGUUCAAAUCCACGAGUCCAAGGAGGGGAGGUGGGCAUCAACAGAGGGGUCACAGGGGUCACAGGGCAGGGUCAGUGGUCACACUGAACAGAGGCUACAGCACGCUGGGGUCCCGGGCCUUCGUCCCGCUGACCCCCAGAGGAAGGGCUAGAAGGGGCCGACCCCCGUCCCGCUCCUCCCUGUCCAGGGGAGGAGGCGGUGGCUCGCUGCAGAGACUGACGGCUCAGGGUCAGCCACAGUCGUCCUCAGAAGAUGAGCCGUACAGCCGCGUGCUCCCCGUCAGCCCCACGGACCCCGAGCUGCCCAGCCACUCGGACUCCCUCAGGUCUUCGCCAGAGGCGGCGAGCUCAGCCGGGAGCAGCUUCAUCGGCCUGCGGGUGGUGGCUAAGUGGUCGUCCAAUGGUUACUUCUACUCUGGUCGCAUCAUCAAAGACGCCGGCGAGGGGAGAUUCCGCUUGCGGUUCGACGAUGGCUACGAGUGUGAGGUUGCCGGGAAGGAUAUCCUGCUGUGUGAUCCCAUCCCGCUGGAGACGGAGGUCACUGCUCUGCUGGAAGACGAGUACUUCAGUAUAGGUGUCGUUAAGGGCCAUAAAACAGAGGGCCAGGAGCUGUUUUACAGCGUGGAGAAGGAGGGUCGGAGGCAGUGGUACAACAGGACAUCGGUCAUCCUGUCGCUGGAGCAGGGAAACAAGCUGAGGGAGCAGCACAGCCUCGGGCCCUACGAGCCCACCACUCCCCUGACCAAGGCCUCCGACAUCAGUCUGGAUAACUUGGUUGAGGGGAAGAGGAGACGCAGAGGAACCCCUGGAGGUCAGAACACUCCCAACCGCAGCUCCUCCAGCAGCCCUCGCUCCCCGGGAACCUCCAGCAAGAGGAAGCUGAUGCCCUCAGAGGACAACCAGGGGCCGGCCAAGAGAGGGCGCAGGGGGGCGGGGGCCAGAGCUGCUCAGCGGGUCGGUGUGUGCAAUACCUCGGGCAGUGGCACCGAUGUCCCGGGUCAGUCUGGGGACGUGGAAGAGUCUCACGGUCCGCUGCCCCAGAACACGUCCCUCUUUAUGGGCUUCGCUUUCAUGUUGACCGCUUCGUCUGAGACCGACCGCCUGACCAACAAGCUCACGAGCGAGGAUGAGGAGGGUGAGACAGAUUCUGCUUCAGUACCUCCAGAUUUGAUUUUGACAAAGCCCAGAGUUGAGCCUUCAGUGAUGUCACAUAAACACUAAUGUUGCGUAAAGAUUUGUCUGGAAGCCCAAACGUAGCUGUCGACAGGCUUUUCUGUUGGAGGCAGCAGUGUUGCUCACUGAUGAAGCAGUGACAUCAUCACAUACAUGUGCUUGGACAGAUGAACACGAACACUCACUCUUACUGCUUUUCCCCAGUGAUCAUGCAUUUAAUAACACUAUAUGUUUCCACAUGUUUGAGAAGCAUUUGGUGCAUAAACUUGCUUAUUGGGCUCGUUCCCACUGUGGGAGAAUCACAGUUUCAACUACAGCGAGUAAAACUUCUUCCAGUAGCACCACUGGGUCCAGUUUAGCCCAUCAUUUUGUGGUGCUGAUUUCUGGGCCAUAAUUACCUCUUUCCCACUAUGUGGUGCUGGUGCCCCUCACCCCCAACUGGUCAUGGUGCUGGCGGAGGGUUCUUCCUUCCCACUGUCGCCAAAUGUCUGAUAGUUUGGGUUUUCUCUCUAGUUUUGUGGGGUCUUUAUCUAACAAUAUAAAGAAAAUUGAGGCGACUGUUGUCGUUGUUUGGUGCAAUAUAAAUACUGUCAAACUGAACAGGACUCCACAUUAUCAGAAAAAGUGUGAUGACCUGCACAAACGGUUUUCUCCACGGUUUGCAGAAAUGUUCAUGGUAGCUGACACACCAAACACUCAAAGUAAUGUUUUUGUGUAUUUCCAAAAAGUAUUGGAACAUCCAAACAACUACGAAUAAGCUACAAUGAACUAACAAUGACAAAAUGCAUAUAAUGUGCAGCCAGGUGCAUCUUGGGAUAUUAAAGGGGGCUGAUUGUGGUUCACAUGGUUCACAGCUGAAAGUAAUCCUCGUCCUAUGCUGACCUCGGUGCAGCUCCUCAGUUCAUCCUCUGUCUGAAACCGUCUGUUUCAGCUGCAGCUCCAGGCAGCU